GGUCGCAGCGAGCGGACGUGUGACCCGACAAUCGAUAUUUAAAAUCGAAAAUUACCCCAUCACUAAUCUGCAGUGACUUUUUAAAUUCCCACCAAAAGUGCAAUGAGUUUUGUUUUAUGCCAGUGGCAGUGUCUUUUUUGAACCGCAAACUUUUUUCGCACAAAAUUUAGAAUAAAAACUUUUUGUUUUUAAAUUUCGAAAAAUGCAAUCAGAAUUAAGCGAGACUCCGCCGCGCCAAAAGCGAAUCCCGAAGCCGUUUUCCAUAGACUCUAUAAUCGGGAACACGGAUAGAAAAUCUCCAGAAAUCGACAUAGAGAACAACGAUCAGUCCCGAAACUCCGAAGACGAGGAAAGGAUUGAAGAUGUCAGGAUGCGUUACUUCUUCAACCAGCCGUUCCCGAACGGUGGGUUUCCGUUUCUCCUGGGAUACUCCGAGCCGUGGCUGCCGCGGUUGUCAAGGAUGUUGGGUCCGGGAACGUUGCCGGAGAGACGAGAGAGAGAGGAAGAGAAACGUGAGAGCCCUGUUAGUGUCGGCAGUGAGAUGGACAGCGAUGUCGGAGAGGAUAAUACACAAGGUGGCGAUUCAGAAGCUGACGCCGACAACGACUCCGGCACAGAAUCGACCCCUCAAGCGAACAAGGCUCGUAGGAGACGAACUGCCUUCACCAGCGAACAGCUGCUGGAGUUGGAGCGAGAGUUCCACGCGAAGAAGUACUUGAGUCUGACAGAGAGGUCGCAGAUCGCGUCGGCACUGAAGCUGAGCGAGGUGCAGGUAAAAAUCUGGUUCCAAAACCGGCGCGCCAAAUGGAAACGCGUGAAAGCGGGCCUCGCGUCCGGCAGCCACACGGGAAAAACCGGAUCCGGCACGAAAAUCGUCGUCCCGAUCCCCGUCCACGUCAACCGCUUCGCCGUACGAACCCAGCACCAUCAGAUGGAGAAGCAGAACGGUUUACAAUUCCGCCUAGACCGCGCCACGCAACCGCUGCCUGGCAGUUUAUUGCAAUCUCAGACUUCGGCUUUUUUAAGCGCUACAAAAGUUGCUCCAGAGUUGAUUGAAAAUCGGAAUCAUAGUCAAGAACCGGUAUUAAUGAAUCCGGGAUUGCGCAACCCUAUGUUUGACGCGAGCAUGUCCGCUAGGUUGGCAACAAUGAGUCAGAAUGCCAACUUAAGGCAUUUCGCUAAUCAAAAUGGCCGCCACGCGAGCUAGUUUUUAGGUUUGUUCUGAUUGUAAAAAUAGGUUAUGGACCAGAGUUUUUUUGUAAAUAGUACACUGUAAUGUAAUGCUAGUUUGUUAACUCCUAAUAAAUAGUGUGAUAUGAAGAAUACAUAUAAAUAAGUAUACUUACUAAUUAAUAUUAUUAAAAUACUGAGUGAAUUAA